GCCGUGCCGUCCGUGUUUUCGACGCAAUAGGGGGCGUGGCUUCAUCAUGGCGUCGCCCAUGUGGAAGUAAAGACCGCGCUUGGGUUUUGCAGAAGAUGUCUGCAGUCUGCAAUUCUCUCCUUGAAGACAUUGAAGAUAUUGUGUCAGCCCAUGAUCCAAAGCCACUUGACCGGCAGUUUGCAAGACAGAGCAUUCUUCCUAAUGUGCGAAAACGCCAUUCACAAAAAAAUGUAGAAGUGGAUGAUGAUCCCCCAAGUGACAGCAUUAUUCCAGGUGUACAGAAAAUUUGGAUACGCACAUGGGGAUGUUCUCAUAAUAGCUCAGAUGGAGAAUAUAUGGCUGGACAGCUGGCUGCUUAUGGAUACAAAAUUACAGAGAAUGCUGCGGAAGCAGACCUGUGGCUGUUGAACAGUUGUACAGUGAAAAGCCCUGCUGAGGAUCAUUUUAGAAAUUCAAUUAAGAAAGCACAAGAGGGAAAAAAGAAAGUUGUUCUAGCUGGAUGUGUGCCUCAAGCCCAGCCUCGACAAGACUAUCUGCAAGGUCUGAGCAUUAUUGGGGUUCAACAAAUAGAUCGUGUUGUGGAAGUUGUUGAGGAGACCAUCAAAGGUCACUCUGUCAGAUUGCUGGGUCAGAAAAAGGAUAAUGGAAAACGGUUGGGGGGAGCUCGAUUGGAUUUGCCAAAGAUUAGAAAGAACCCACUGAUAGAAAUAAUUUCCAUCAAUACAGGUUGUCUGAAUGCGUGCACCUACUGCAAAACUAAGCAUGCCAGAGGCGAACUAGCAAGUUAUUCUAUUGAAGAACUGGUAAACAGAACCAAGCAGUCCUUUCAAGAAGGGGUAUGCGAAAUAUGGCUCACCAGCGAAGACACUGGAGCUUAUGGACGAGACAUUGGGACAGACCUCCCGACUCUCCUCUGGAAACUGGUCGACGUAAUCCCUGAGGGAGCAAUGUUGAGACUUGGCAUGACAAACCCUCCAUAUAUUUUAGAGCACCUCGAAGAAAUGGCAAAAAUUCUCAACCAUCCAAGAGUCUAUGCUUUUCUUCAUGUACCAGUUCAAUCUGCCUCUGAUAGUGUACUCAUGGACAUGAAGAGAGAAUAUUGUGUGUCAGACUUCAGAAGGGUGGUAGAUUUCCUUAAAGAAAAAGUGCCUGGGAUUACAAUAGCUACAGACAUCAUUUGUGGGUUUCCAGGGGAAACAGAUGAAGAUUUUCAAGAAACCUUGAAACUUGUAGAAGAGUAUAAGUUUCCUAGUCUUUUUAUUAACCAGUUUUACCCACGGCCUGGGACCCCUGCAGCAAAAAUGCAUCAGAUUCCAGCCCAAAUCAAAAAACAAAGAACAAAAGAACUGUCGCGAUUGUUUCAUUCAUACAACCCAUAUGAUCACAAGAUUGGAGAGAGGCAGAAAGUUCUUGUGACAGAAGAGUCAUUUGAUUCCAAGUUUUAUGUUGCUCAUAAUCGAUUCUAUGAACAGGUUCUGGUGCCAAAGAACCCUGAAUUUAUGGGUAAAAUGGUAGAAGUGGAUAUUUUUGAAGCAGGGAAGCACUUUAUGAAGGGACAUCCAGUGUCAGAUGCCAAAGUGUUCACCCCUUCGAUCUCUAGGCCGUUUGCCAAGGGAGAGGUCUCUGGUUUGACAGAGGAGUUCAGACAUGCGCUGGAGAAUGGCUCGGAAGCAAAAGCCCGUCCAUCUGCUGAGAGGCAAAAAGUACCAUUGAGCCACAGGAUGGCGAUGCAGUUGCCUUGGCAACAAGGGGGAAGUUUAUUGAAGCUGCUGCCGUUGAGUGUGGCUCUUCUCGCCGCCCUGGUUGCCUUUUACUAUGGAGGGGUUUAAGAGAGAAUCCAAACUGGGUCGUGAUUUCAUCAAGACACUGAAAAGAUCAUAGUUGAACACUGGGUGAUGAUCAUUUCUACUCCAAGGCCUUACCUGAUCAUCGCAACCUGGAUAAGAGUCUGCUUAGACUUGGCAUAAGUUCUUUACUUAGAUUUGUAAGAUCAAAUUAUUGGUGUGUUCUAAUGACUUCCACAUCUCAAUUUUUCAUUUUCUGAACUUGUUGGCUAUAUAUAUAUGUAUUAUAUAUACAUGAUAUAUUUAUCUCUGCAUGGCAGUUGUGAAAAUUGUGAAAUUUUCAUUAUUGGCCAUGUAUAAGGCGUAAGUUUGUAGAAAAAUAAAUUAUUAAAAUAUUUUUCCAUAGGGCAAGUAAUUGAUCAUCCCCUUGUACGGCAAUCAUUAUUAAACCUCUUUUUACUUUA